GAUACAGGCUCCCUUUUUAAAAAAAUAUUCCACAUAAAUGUCAUCAGAAUGCAUCCUUUCAUCCGUCCUAACUCUAAUGUAUGACUUUUUAAUCAGAAUCCAAUUGGGGAAAAAAAGCUUUUAAAAAUCAAUUUACUCUCCUCAGACUAUCCACAUUUGAUUUUCUAUCUUUGUACCUUUGACCCCUUCUGCUUUAAAUUCAUCCCAUUCAUCCAUUUAUUGUGCAUGUGUGUGUGUUGGUGUAUGUUAAUCACACACGCUUUUGUCGCAUCUCGAAGGUUGUAAGAGUGCCUGAUGGCCCUCUAAUCAUAUCGACGGAGGAAGAGGUGCACGAGAGCCGUGACCGGCGGCGACCAUCGAUCAUCUCGUGCAUCAAACGCUCGUCUGAGGAGGGAGGAGGAGAAUUGAAUUGUGAUUGACAUCCACCGGCGCUUCCCUUUAAUAACGAUGAAGGAGUGAGGACGCUACCGGAAGUGGAGCGUGACAGCUGCUGACGCUUGCCACUUUGGCAAGUCCUGUCAGCAGCAGCGUGUUGUUGCGGCGCUGCGUGGCACUGCUUGCCUGGGACUGCUUGUGAUUGACGAACCCCCCCACACACCGCCACCGGCACCCAUGGCGCACAUGGCCCAAAGCCUGACUCUAUCAGCGGCGCGGAGCUAGCUUCAACCUAUCUCCCAUGGGUGUCGCUGCCGGUAGCGUCCUGCAUGAGUCGUCGUCCGGUGCGGCAAACCACCGCAGAGUGGCUCGGCUCGGUCCGCCGGAGAGAUCGUGUGUCGGCCGGAGAGCAGGACGACGAGAUGUGAUGCCAGAGUCGGGCUGCAAAACAAAGGUCCGAGUGUAGGAAAAGCCUCCAGAUUGCAGUACGACGCAUCCAGCCAUCCCUCCCGCCAUGUUCCGGAACAGCUUGAAGAUGCUGCUCACGGGAGGCAAGGCCAACCGCAAGAGUCGCAGCAGCGAUGGUGGGAGCGAGGAACUGGCAGAGCCCCGCUCGCCCGGUCUAGACCCUCACCUGAGCCACUUCGGCCAAGGUGGCAGCUUGGACGACGACUGCGCCUUUGAGGUCGACUACUACGCCGCUUUGCCACCGCCUCCGUCGCCGUUCUCCAUGGCCGAAGGUGUCCAGCACAUUCGCAUCAUGGAGGGCGUGUCGCGCUCGCUGCCCUCGUCGCCGCUGCUCGGUCACCAGGCGCUCGGUAUCCGGCUGCAGGCCGUCAAAAAGCUCACAGCCCCUCUUCGGAAAGCAAAGUUCGUGGAGAGCCCUCGCGUUCCGCAAUCGGAGCUCGGCUCCUCCGACCCAGCCGGGAAUUCCCACCUGGACAGAUUGUGCCUAGGGGAGUCGAGCCAGGAGCUGGGCCCCCCGCCCACGGUGGAUGAGGCCGCCAACACAUUGAUGACGCGCCUGGGCUUCCUUCUGGGAGACAAAGCGAGCGAGGGGCCAGCCGGUCCCCACUACAGCAUGGAGGAGCCCGAGGCCAGACAGCAGGGUCAGAACCAGCGCAUCAGCCCAUGCUCCACGCUAACCAGCAGCACUGCCUCGCCCCCCGCGGGCAGCCCCUGCUCCACCCUGCCCGCCACCAUGUCGGGCCAGCCGGGCACCAGAGAGUGCGCCUACGGCUCCGUCACCAGUCCGACCUCCACGCUGGAGAGCAGGGACAGCGGAAUCAUCGCAACGCUGACCAGCUACUCUGAGAACAUGGAGCGCGGCGGCGGCGGCAAGCACGGCUGCGAGGGCUCACGUGGCAACCUGAAGCUGUGGCAGUCGCAGAAAUCAGGCAUGGACUCCUUCCUCUACCGCGUGGACGAGAACAUGACGGCGUCCACGUACAGCCUCAACAAGAUCCCCGAACGCAGCCUGGAGAGCAUGUCCUCACACUCUGCCCACUCCAUCCCCUUGUACCUCAUGCCCCGACCUAAUUCUGUGGCCGCCACCAGCUCGGCCCACUUGGAGGACUUGGCCUACCUUGACGAGCAGAGGCACACCCCCUUGCGCACCUCUCUGCGCAUGCCCAGACAAAGCACCACUUGCGGACCUGGCCGCCCGGGGCAGGACCUGAGAGGUUCCGCUAGCAACUCCCAUCCCUGGCAGUCGCAGUCACCAGUACAUUUUGCGCCGUACCGGCCCCAGGACAUCGCCCUGAAACCGCUGCUUUUUGAGGUACCGUCCAUCACGGUGGACUCUGUGUUCACUGGACGCGAGUGGCUCUUCCAGGAGAUCGACGGCCACCUCAACCGGCCCGGCAGCAGCCGCGGCGUGAUCGUGGUCGGCAACAUCGGCUUCGGCAAGACGGCCAUCAUCUCCCGCCUGGUGGCGCUGAGCUGCCACGGCACACGCAUGCGUCAGAUCGCCUCCGACAGCCCGCAGGCCUCGCCCAAACAUGGCGAGGGGCUCCCUCUCAGCCAGCCCCAGCCCACGCAUGGCACGCUGGGGGGAGGCAGCUGUCCCGGCACCCCUGAGAUGAGACGGCGCCAAGAGGAGUCCAUGAGGAGGCUCGCUUCUCAGGUGGUGGCUUACCAUUACUGCCAGGCAGACAACGCCUACACUUGCCUGGUGCCCGAGUUUGUGCACAACGUGGCGGCGCUGCUGUGCCGCUCGCCUCACCUGGCGGCCUACAGGGAGCAGAUGCUGCGCGAGCCGCACCUGCAAAGUGUGCUGAGCCUGCGCUCCUGCGUCCAGGACCCGCUGGCGUCCUUCAAGAGGGGUGUGCUUGAGCCCUUAGAUGCUCUCUACAAAGAGAGGAAGAUCAACUCCGAGGAGGACCUGAUCGUUCUCAUCGACGGCCUGAACGAGGCCGAGUUCCACAAACCCGACUAUGGAGACACCAUCGUCUCCUUUCUCUGCAAGACCAUCCACAAGUUCCCCCCCUGGCUCAAGCUGGUGGUCACGGUACGGACCACCUUGCAGGAGAUCACCAACCCGUUGCCGUUCCACCGCAUCUCACUGGACGGUCUGGAGGAAAACGACGCUAUCGACCAGGACCUGCAGGGUUACAUCCUGCACCGCAUCCACAGCAGCCCGGAGAUCCAGAACAACAUCUCGCUCAACGGCAAGAUGGACAACACCACCUUCGGCAAACUCAGCGGACACCUUAAGGCCCUCAGCCAGGGAUCUUACCUGUACCUCAAGCUCACCUUUGACCUUAUCGAGAAGGGCUACCUGGUUCUCAAGAGCUCCAGUUACAAGGUGGUUCCGGUCAACCUGGCCGAGGUGUACCUCCUGCAAUGCAACAUGCGCUUCCCCACGCAGUCCUCAUUCGAGCGGGCGCUGCCGCUGCUCAACGUGGCCGUGGCUUCGCUGCACCCGCUCACCGAUGAGCAGAUCUACCAGGCUAUCAAUUCCGGCUCGCUGCAGGGAACGCUGGACUGGGAGGACUUCCAGCAGCGUGUGGACAACCUGUCCAUUUUCCUGGUGAAGAGGCGGGACGGCACCCGCAUGUUCGUCCACCCGUCAUUCCGGGAGUGGUUGAUAUGGCGGGAGGAAGGCGAGAAGACCAAGUUCCUGUGUGAUCCCAGGAGCGGCCACACCCUGCUGGCCUUCUGGUUCUCACGGCAGGAGAACAAGCUGAACCGGCAGCAGACCAUCGAGCUGGGCCACCAUAUCCUCAAAGCACAUAUCUUCAAGGGUCUCAGCAAGAAAGUGGGCGUGUCAUCGUCCAUCUUGCAAGGCCUAUGGGUGUCCUACAGCACAGAGGGUCUGUCGGCAGCGCUCUCGUCACUGAGGAACCUUUACACUCCCAACAUUAAGGUGAGUCGGUUGUUGAUGCUGGGAGGGGCCAACGUCAACUACCGCACCGAGGUGCUCAACAACGCCCCCGUGCUGUGCGUCCACGCCCACCUGGGCUACAUGGACAUGGUUGCCCUGCUGCUGGAAUUCGGCGCCUACGCCGACGCCCCCUCCGAGAGCGGCCUGACGCCGCUCGGCUACGCCGCCGCCGGGGGUCACAUGGCCAUUGUGACAACACUGUGUCACAAGAGAGCCAAGGUGGACCACCUGGACAGGAACGGGCAGUGCGCGCUGGUGCACGCCGCCCUCCGGGGCCACAUGGAGGUGGUGAAGUUUCUCAUCCAGUGCGACUGGAGCGGCGGGUUGGCGCAGCACUCCCCGCAGACCCAGCAGCAAGCCAGCUUCAGCAAGAACCACGCCGUCCAGCAGGCCCUCGUCGCCGCCGCCAGCAUGGGCUACACGGAGAUUGUGUCCUACCUGUUGGACCUGCCAGAGAAAGACGAGGAGGAGGUGGAGCGAGCGCAGAUCAACAACUUUGACUCGCUGUGGGGUGAGACAGCCUUAACGGCUGCCUCGGGCCGUGGGAAGCUGGAUGUGUGCCGCCUGCUGCUGGAGCAAGGCGCCGCCGUGGCGCAGUCCAAUCGGCGAGGCAUCGUGCCGCUCUUCAGCGCCGUUCGCCAGGGCCACUGGCAGAUAGUGGACCUUCUCCUGACACACGGUGCCGAUGUCAACUUGGCCGACAAACAGGGCCGCACGCCUCUCAUGAUGGCCGCUUCGGAGGGACACCUGGGAACGGUGGAGUUUCUGCUCUCGCAAGGAGCCUCUCUGUCUCUGACGGACAAGGAGGGUCUGACGGCGCUCAGCUGGGGCUGCCUCAAGGGUCACCUGCCGGUGGUCCGAUGCCUGGUCGAGAGCGGCGCCGCCACCGACCACGCCGACAAGAACGGCCGAACGCCGCUCGACCUGGCCGCUUUCUACGGCGACUCUGACGUGGUCCAGUUCUUGGUGGACCACGGCGCCAUGAUCGAACAUGUGGACUACAGCGGCAUGCGUCCUCUGGACCGGGCGGUGGGCUGCAGGAACACGUCGGUGGUGGUGGCCUUGCUGAAGAAAGGAGCAAAGAUAGGAUGUCAGACGCUGCCCAGUCGGCCCCGAGGUCCAGCCACGUGGGCCAUGGCCACCUCCAAACCCGACAUCAUGAUCAUCCUGCUCAGCAAGCUCAUCGAGGAGGGCGACGGCUUCUACAAGAAGGGGAAGGUGAAGGAGGCGGCCCAACGCUACCAAUACGCCCUCAAAAAGUUCCCGCGCGAAGGCUUCAGCGAGGACCUCAAAACGUUCAGGGAACUCAAGGUUUCGCUCUUCCUCAACCUGUCCCGAUGUCGCAGGAAAAUGAACGACUUUGGGAUGGCUGAGGAAUUUGCUACCAAGGCCCUUGAACUAAAGCCCAAAUCUUAUGAGGCCUACUACGCCAGGGCCCGGGCCAAGCGAAGUAGCAGGCAGUUUCCUGAAGCCUUGGAGGACCUGAACGAAGCCAUGAAGCAGUGCCCCAACAACCGAGAGAUCCAGCGGCUGCUGCAGCGCGUGGAGGAGGAGUGUCACCAGCUGAGCCAGGGGGAGCUGCUCCAGCCUCCAGACUUGGAGCUGGAGCCUCCCCCCUCCCCGCCUCCCACGCCUCCCCCAGAGGAUGAAGAUUGCCUCUCCAUGCCUCUUCCGCCUCCCCCGGAACCCCGACUGGAGGACAUGGAGCCUGUCCAAGAUCUCUUUGAGGAUGAGGACUACCUAGAGCAGGAGCUAGAGGCCAUGUCCAUGGGACUCCCCCCGCCGGAGUCCCUCAGCAAUCCGUCCAGUCUGCCCAUCAUUCAAAGCCCCCCACUGUCCCCGACAAAUGCAGACCAGAUCUACCUAGGUGAUGGUUCUCCUAUGGGGCAGCCUUAUGAGUACCACCCCACGUCCUCCUCCAUGUCCUCUCCUACUCGCGGGUCUUACCAGGCCACGUCGCCCUCCCUGUCCCCGACGCAUCACAACUCCCACUAUCGACACAGCCCGCACACCUCCCCGGUGCACCAACCGUCUUACCGUUUCAGCCCCCCGCCCAUGGGCAGCAGCGGGCAGGGGAUGGACCGCCAGAGCCCGCCGCCGUCCCCUCUGCGCCGGGCUGCCCAGUACAGAGCCAGCCCGCCGGUGGACAGUGUUUGUUUGUACAGAUCCCAGUCGGGCUCGCCCGUACGCUACCAGACAGAGCAGCACCCCGGGCGACCCAAAUCGCCCCUGUCUAAGAUGAGCAGCCAGCGCUCCUUCCAGCUCAGCUCUCAGCCCUCGUUGUCGUCCCAGCAUCACCAAGCCCAAGGCCUUCGUCUGCAGCCGUCCAUGGCCCAAAUUGUGCGCACAAACCAGCCCAGCAGCAUGAUGGGCAAUAGCGGCUAUGGGGGCCAGAUGGGCCACUCCAUGGGUAGCCGUUACCAGGGCGGCUCGGUGGACGUAGACAGCCGACUGGUGUACCAGCCCUCGCUGGACGGGCGCUCUGUGUCGCAGGUGCAAGCCAGCCUCAGCUCUGGCGCCCUAUGUCAGUACGGCGGCCGAGGAGGGGUCAUGGAGUCGGGCCUGUUGAAGGAUGAGCUACCCCAGCGCCCCUCCUCUGCCUACCGCGCCAGCAGCGGGGGUCCGGCGGGCAUCCGUUACAGUCAGACGCCUCAGAUCAGUCGCAGCCAGUCCGCCGCCUACUACCCCGUCUCCGAGCACGUGCUGGAGCGCGCCAAUGCCAUGCCGCCUUGUCAGCUGGGCUCCCCCGAGGUCCCGCAUAUGGUGAGACGCCCCGUCAGCGCCAACACCGCCGAGAUAAAGCCGCACGUGCCGACCCCUAGGCCCCUCAUCCACUCGCAGAGCGUAGGCCUCCGUUUCUCCCCCUCUAGCAACAAUAUCUCCACCGGCUCCACCUCAAACCUGGCACCGGGCUUCAGGCCAUCCUCCUCCAUCCAGCAGAUGGAGAUCCCCUUGCAAGCCACCUACGAACGCUCCUGCGAUGACAUGUCACCCAUCUCUCCCUCGCAGGGCGGCGGGAGUAUGUAUCAGGGCGAGCCCACUCGCUCUCGGAACACCCCCUUCAUGGGCGUCAUAGACAAGACGGCGCGGACUCAGCAGUACCUGCACCAACCCUCUCGAUCCCGCGGCAUGGAUCGUAUGGACUCGGCCGUCAGCCCCACCUCGCCCGGCCAACUGGUCCAGCAAGGGUCCACCUACAGCCCGCCCACCUCGCUCGGAAACAUCGCCUACUACAACAAGACCAACAACGCACAAAACGGACACCUGCUGGAGGACGACUACUACGCCCAGACCCCACCGCCCUCACUGGGCAAACUGGCCAACGGCUCGCGGGGCACCGGGGACAUCCUGGAGCGGGUCAGCCAAGUGCCCACUUACCCGGACGUGAAGGUGGCCAGGACUCUGCCUGUGGCGCAAGCCUACCAGGACAACAUGUACCGACAACUCUCCCGAGAGACCCGCACACAAGGGCCCUCCUCACCCAUCAAACCAAAGAGACCGUUUGUGGAGUCCAACGUGUAACCGCCGCUCAGACGGCGACGCGCAGAAAGAAACUCUAAGCAACAGGAAAAAGGACUCAUGCGAGAGGGGGCUACACACUUUUAAGGUCUUGGACUUGACUGACCGAUACGCCGUGACUUCACCAACCUGAAACGCUCACAUGCUUAAGUCCAGGUUCUGGACAACAACCAGUGUGCUUCUUUCAAAACCUGCACAGAGACGACGCGGACAACUCCUCGGACUGCUGGACUCGUAUCUUGUGUGCUCUUAACCACGGUCGCUAGUAGACUCUUCAUCGUAAUACAAUACUAUAUGUUCAAUACUGUACAUUGCUCGGCAGAAUACAAAACAGCUCAACAGCUUAAGUACUAAUAGAGAGGAAAUGACCAUAUUUAUAAUUAAGUUAUAUAUUGUACAUAGAAGCCAGAGGAAGCAUCGUUUGAAUCGUAUACCGUUCAUGCUGCCUUGGUGUCCCACUGCUGGUCCAAAGAGGGACGGUCAUGCUAAAACUCUUCACAUAAACUCAACUUUUUUUUUUCUCUUUUUUUUUUCCUCAGACGCAUGUGGUGCGUUAUUUUCCGCAACAUUUUACAUGUUCUUCACAGACCGGGAAGUGUGGGAAUGUGCCAAACAAACAGGUUGAAUCGCCUUUUGAGUAAACACACUUAAAACAUCGGUUAAAUCAGGCCCUAGGCGGCGGCGGAUUAAAGCAAUUUACUAACGUUUGCCUUUGCAGAGCCUCAGAGAAGGCUUCGAUGAAAAGCAAGCAAAUGUGCUUUUAUCCCGCCUACCUUCCGUCUGGUUUCUUUCCAACACAAAGGCUUAAAAAGGUAAGCUCCACUUUUGAGUUUGCCAUUUCUUCCUUAUUCAGAUUGUCAAAUGUAAGCGGCCACGUCAGAUUGUAAUAGACGAUACCUAACAGAGAUUAAGAUUGACGAGGACGUAAAGACUUUUUUUUUCUAGCACAAGUUGUACAGGUGCGGCCUGAUGAGCAUUUUAAAUGUUUUGCUUACGGCACGGCCACAAUUAAUAAUCUGGCUUUGUUUGAAAGAGUGCGAUUUUAAUAAGCGGUACUUGACGCCAUAAAAAUCACCAACCAACCCCGAAAUCCCAGCAUAAGGGAGUUCCAUUUAGUACUGAUAACAUCCCGCUUCAUUUUUUCUGAGCUGGUGUUGCCUGUAUUAUACUUAGUUUCAGAUGUUCUAAAUUGAAGCUAUCCAAGAGUGUACGGUUCAAAUAUAUGUAUUAGUUGGCUGUAAAUAGUCAGAUGCAUGUUUUAUUCUUCUCAAGCGGAAACAUGUAUAGCAGACUGGUGUGCUCCCCUAUCAUUCCCCCCCAAACCUGGUUUCUUUUAUGAUUAAUGUAUUUGCUUGCUGAGCAGAGUUCUCUUGUCUGUACACGUGAGCUUUCAGAUCGCUGUGAUAUAUUAAAAAAAAAAAAGACAUAAUUAUUAAAAAAAAGGUUCAGCAGAAUGUGUUUUUAUCUCAUGCGAACUGAUUGUAACCUGUACAGUACAAUGUAUUGAGAGGAGAAAAACAUAUUUAUAAAUGGUUGCCUACUGAAACAUGUUUAGUCAUUUAUUAUCUAAUUUGUUGACUUCAAAGACGACUGAUAUGUUUAGAUGAUUGCAAAUACUUUAUUAUGUUACACCACAACAAUUUAAGUGGCAUCCUCGCAUUAUAGUUCAUGUACCAGUAAUAUAAUUGAAAG